AAUUGGAAGCCAUGGAAGGGUACGCUCAGCUUCUCGCACACCAGGAGGCCGUACACCGGGAGGCUCAGCGGAUCGCAUCAUUGUCCGCCGUAAAGCUUUAUCGCUCCCGGACCCAGCGAGGGGGGAUGAGGCUCCACCGCUCGUUGCAGCUGGCCAUGGUGAUGCGGAGCGCCCGGGACCUGAUGGUGACGUCCGUUCAGGUUCCUGAACCCAAACCCGUGCCCCCACCCAGCGUGGAAGUCAGAGAAAGCCGCAAGAGAAGGUCCUGCGGGUCCGGUCUAACCGAGCUGGUGCCCAGCAAGCGGGCAUGCCUCUGGCAGGAGACUCCGCUGCCACAGCCACAAGGUGGAGCGUUUCCUGGCCUUGCCGAAGUUCUGCAGAGGGUCCUGAGAAGCGUCCGCAGCCAGGUACCUGGAGGAUGUAGGGUACCCCAAGCGAUAGGCAUGGCUGCGGUGCACGGGAGAGCUGUGGAGGCUUUCUGA